AUGACUUCUUUCUGCUUCUCGCCUGCUUCGGCUGCCGCCCGCCCGUCUGAGACCGGUCCGCAGUCCAGGGUUCAAGUCCCUGCCCCCGUCAACGCCAGCACCCUCGUGGCCUCGCUCGGUUCCUUCCUCCGCCGCGUCCCUCGCCUUCUCGCAGCCGCCGUCACAAGCGCUGUCCGCCCGAUCCUCCGGUACAUCGGUACCCCGACACCCCCCGCGAUGCUUGCCCGUAGCUCGUCUUCUCGUCAACCCCAGACUGGAGCUACCCGGCCCUCGAUCACGGUGUCGUCCUCUCUUGGUCCUGAGUCCCGGGUUGGUCCUCUGCCUUUGGAAGGUUCCUCGCCUUCGGUUGGAACUGUGGUUACGGAGCCUGUUGGUCCUGUUUGCACUCCUCCCCGUUUGUCUCCGCGUGCCUUCACUCUCAGUAUGUCCCAUUACUUUGAGUCGGUUCCCCGGGCCAGUCCUUCGUCUUCGGUUCGCUCUGCUUCAUCUGGUUCUCCAGGAUCUGGUUCGGUUUCCGUUUCCAACCUGGAGGAUCCGUUUGUGGACGACGCCGCUGACCUUGCUCUGGCUUCGCCAACCCGUCCUUUGGUUUCGCCCAUCAGACCUCCUCCUGACUUUGAACAGUUGAUGGCCUUUGCCGAUCGGCAAAUCAACCUGGCCCGCGCUUACACCGCUAAGCGUCGACCUGCCCCCGUCGCUGUUCCUGCUCCCAGGACCCCGGAGCCAAGGACCCCGGAGCAAAGGAUACUAAGGACUCCGGAGCCCUGGACGCUUUCGUCUAUGACUUCCUCGCCUUCGGUGGAUGCCCCCGUUGAGGAGUCUGGCUCGCUGUUCCGUGAUCCGGUUGAUCCGCCUUGUACGCCUCCGCCUCGUACUCCUCCUCCUCGUGAGAUGGAUACCCUCGACCGCAGCGUUGAACGGCAACGGCUCCGGGCCCGCGAGCUCAGCGCAGAGGCCAAGGCGAAGUUUGCGCAAAUCCGGGCUCUCCUGUCGGAUUGGCCUGCUCCCCAGAGGCGGUACGCGCCCUCUCACGACUACAGCACGGACUCGCCUACGCCGCACACCAUCUCCAACUGGGACUCGACCUUGGAAGAGGAUCGGGUUUCGGAAUACUCCUGGACCAAGGGCGCCUUCCCUGUCGCCUCUCCUGAGCUCCCUGGAGCUCUCGCAGAGUGGGAUUCGCCGGCCGCCUCCCCUGUGUAUUCUGGAUCCCCUGUCGCUUCUUCCUCUGGUUCUGUUGGCUCGUCUGGUUCCGUUGGCUCGUCUGGUUCCGCUGGCUCAUCUGGUUCUGCUGGAUCAUCUGGAUCAUCUGGUUCUUCCGGCUCUCAUGGUUCAUCUGGUUCCACUGGCUCUUCUGGAUCUGGUGGCUCCUCUGGGUACUGUGCGUCCCCCGGAUCUACCGGAUCUUUCGGUACUUCCAGCUUUUUUGGGUCCCCUGGUUCUUCUGGUUCUGCCGAGGAAUCUGGAUCGAUCUCUUCCUUGCUGGAGCUUUAUGGUCCUCGUUCGCCCGUGCCUGCGCCUGUUCCCGUGCCCGUUCCUGCGCCUGAGCCUGAGUUUGACCUGGUCACGUCCACGAUCACGACCCAGCCCAAGGGCAUGAAGGCAGUCACCCUCAAGAUCACCCGCCGCGUUCCUCGGGUUAGGUCUUAG